AUGUGCACUGUUCAGGUCGGGUACAUUGCUAAGCUAAGAAUUUCUGAUCCCAAACAUCAGAAAAUCAGUGAAUUUGAUGAGAUGGUCAGUCCUCCAGCCGUCGUAACGCAUCCGCUCGUCGACAUGCGUCAUUUUGACAACAAUGUGAGAAGUGGACGUCAGAGUGUAGACGAGCUGUCCUCUGUUCAUAUGGCAAAUGGGAUCACCUGA